AUGAAUAGCUCUCUUAGAUUUACUCUUUUAGAAACAUAAUUUGAUCAAAAACCCACAGUUAUUCCUAAAAAAGAGAGAAAGCCUCUUUUUUAGUAAAAAAAAAUAGUCAACCCUAAAUGCUAGUUAUCAUUAAAAAAUGAAUAGAUUCUGGAGUUGUUUCUACCUCCAUUUUAUGAAAGUAAAGAUAAUUAACCUGAAGAACUUACUGAAAUUAUUAGUAUGGAAUGUGUUUGUGGCCAUUGCCAAAAUUGCAUUGAAAAUUAAGAUAAUGGAAACGAUUUAGAAGGAGUUAGCACAAGGACUAAUUUAGACUAAAGUCUACUAAGUAAUAAAAGGAAAAACAAUAACUAAUAAAAUGAUUUCCAGAAUGAUUAAAUAUAUCAAAAAAUAAAAUUAUGCUAAGACAGAAUUAGGCUAUAAAAUAUUUAGAUGAAGAAUCUUUAAAAACUCGCUGAUAUUAAUGGAUUAGCUAAUUUAUUAAGGGUAGAUAUAAGAAGUGGAUUAAGUAAUUACAAUCAAACUGAUCUUGCAAAUAGGGUAAAACUUUACGGAGCAAACAGAGUUAUUAUAGGAAAAAAUGUUAGCUUUAAAAAUAUCAUUAAAGAAAAUUUUUACUAGACUAAAACUUUAUUGAUUUUAAUAUUUGUUGUUGCUCUAUUUACAAUACGUUCUUAUAUUCUCUACACUUAAGUUGGAAAUCUAAUAGGAAUUUUGCAUAUAAAUGAAAUAUACAUUGAAAUAGGAACAAUGUUUAUGAUGGUUGCCACCUUCGUGACUAAAUGCUUAAAGCAGUGGUUCAUCGAUAAAGAAUUUAAUAAUUUGGUUUGUGUGAAUACAGAAUAUAAAGUGAAAAUAUUAAGAAAUAGUCAAGUUUAAUAUAUUAAAUCUACUUAGCUUGUUGUAGGUGAUAUUAUGAUGGUAGAAGCUGGUGAUAUAAUUAAUGUAGAUGGCAUUUUGAUAGAGGCCUACGACUUAAAAGUAAAUGAGUCUCCACUUAUUAGUGGUAGGGAAAGUGCUUCCAAAUAAGCACCUGAUAGAGAUUCAUACUAUGUAGAUUGUUUUAUUUACUCAGGAACUUAAAUCAUGGUUGGACAAGGAAAAAUGAUUGUUUGCUGUGUUGGCAACAAUACAAUAUUAGAUAGAGUUUAGAAGAAGAACUAAGAUUCCAUAUUCAAAAACCCACUCACUGAUAAGUUGAAUUAAAUUUAAACAAAAAUAGGAAGUAGCAGCAUAAACUCUUCUACUCUAAUUAUAUUAUUUAUUAUGUUUGAAUAUUUUUGGGAUGCUCAUUAUUAAAAGCAAAUUUUUACUUUACAAACCUUUUGCGAUUUGAUACAACUAAUUUAAAUGAUUCUAGCUCUAUCUUUCUUAUUAAUGCCAGAAGGACUAACACAAGCACUAGAUACCUAUCUUUCUUACUCUGUUAAAUAAUUAGAAAAAAAGGAGGUUAUCAUAAAAGAUUUGUCUGCCUUGGAAUGGAUGGGUUAUGUGGAUAGCAUCGUGACAGAUAAAACUGGUUGUGUAACGGAAAAUAAAAAUAGAGUUGAAAAAAUUUAUACCAAUCAAGAAUAAACAGUAGAUGAUAUCCUGUCUAAUUAAAGAGAGGUAGAAAAAAAAUAUGCAAACUUAAAUGAAAAGAAAAAGGAAAGGGACUUUAUAGGGUAGAAUAGAAAAAUUGAAUAAUUGCUUUUUGAAAAUAUUUGCAUUAACUCUGUAGGAGUUUUGCAAAAAGAGCAAGUGGGUUAAGAAUCUCAUAAUACUACAGUAGAAACAGCUCUUUUAGAAUUUGCCUUAAAGUUUGGCUAUGACUAUGAAAAAUAUAGAAUCCAAAGCAAAAUAAAAAAAGUCCAUAACUUUAACACAAAUAAAAAACGAAUGAUUACUGUAUUUCAAAAAAAUCAAAGCACUCUAAGAUGCUAUUUAAAAGGUUCUCCUGAUGUCCUUCUUGAUAAAUGCAGCAGAUUCACUAACAUAGAAGGAAGACCAUCUGACAUGCAUUCAUCUGUAAAGCAGCUAAUCUAAGAUAGAAUUACUUAGUACGGAGCUAAAGAGACAUUAAAGCUAAUUUUCUUUGCAUACAAGGAUAUUGAAUAUGAUCCCACUCAGAUUUAUGCAGAAGAACAAAUAAAUUAGGAUUUAGUUUUUAUUGGGAUUGUUUGCAUUAGGGACCCAUUUAGAUUAGAUAUGCCUGAGUGCCUGAAAACAUGUUAGGAAGCUAGUAUUACGGUAAGAGCACUCACGGGAGAUAACAAAGAAUCAGCAGUUUGUACAGCAAAGUUUAUAGGACUUCUUCCUGAGAAUUUUGAUAUUAAAACUUCUAAUAUGGCUGUUUUGGAUGGAGAUCAAUUUAAAAAAAUUGUGGAAGGGAUAGAAACAUUUCAAUCACAAUCUGGGAGAUCGUAAACGAUUCAGAGACUGAGAGGAAUAGACUAAUUUUAAAAGCACAUAAAGGAGUUGAGGAUGAUAUCUAAAGGAAGAUCAGCAGAAAAGGAUUAAUUAGUUACAGGACUUAUAUAAUUAAAAUAUGUUGUUGCUGUCACUGGAGAUGAUACUGAUGAUAUAAAAAUUAUAAAUAAAGCUUAAGUUGGAAUAGGACUUGGACAGAGUGGAAACGAAGUAGUUAAAUAAGCUGCUUAGAUUAUUUUGAAAAAUGAUAGCUUUACUUCAAUCAUACCUGCUAUUCUUUGGGGUAGAAAUAUUUAUGAAUUUGUUAGAAAAUACUUUUAAUUGAUAAUAUCUCAGAGUUAAAUUAUUAUUUUAUUGCUACUCCUGAAUGUUAUUGUUUGGGAAAGACACUUGUUUAAUGCUGCAUAAUUUUUACUAGUUAAUGUAUUAGUGGAUGAGUUUGCUGCACAUGCUUUAGCUAGAGAAUACCCUUCAGAGCAUUUAUUAUCUAUUCCUCCUAUAAGAAGAAAGGAAUACAUAAUUAAACCUGUGAUGUGGAGAAAUAUUAUUUUUGAAACACUUUACCAAAUUUUGGCUUUGUCUUUACUGCUUUUUGGGAAUUUAGAAUUUAUUUUUGAUCUGCAAAAUUAAUUUUUUAGGAUUGACUCUUCCUCAAUAGAUAAAUAUAUUAGAAAUAAUUAAGUAGGCUAAGGUGAACUAAGCCCAGAGGAACUCAAAAUAUUAAGAAAAUAAAAUUUAAGAUUCAGGUAUUCACUAUGCUUUAAUUGUUUGGUCUUCUUAUAAUUAUUCAAUAUUCUAAGUUGCAGCAGUCUUCAUUAUUCUAAGAUAAGUGUUUUCAGGGAUAUAAAAAGAAAAUUUUUCCUUUUUGUUUCAGUUCUAUUUAUUUUAGGAUUUUACAUUCUGCUAAUGCAUUACUUUCACGAUUACUUUGAAUGCACAAAACAUGGCUUACCUGAACAUUUCUUGUGUUUGAUGAUUUCUCUAGUAAAAUUAUUCUAUAAUUAUCUCAUCAGGUUUAUUAACCAUAGACCGUUUUCGAGUAUAAGAUAUGUAAAAUACACUUUUGAUUUUGAAUGA